AUGGCCGGUCUCAGUCUCUACGAGGUGACAGUGCCCACCUACAUCAGGGGCCAUCUCAUGCUGAAAGUCAUCCUCACAAAAGCCGAGGAGCAUGCUAAGGAGAAGGGCCUCGACGCCGACGCAGAGUACCCGGGGGCGCGCAUCAUCGACGACAUGCUGCCGCUGACCAGGCAGGUGCAGAUCGCCUCGGACAUGGCCAAGAAGGCCGUCGUGCGCAUCACCGGCGAGGAGAUUGAGGCCUGGGCCGACGAGGAGAAGACCAUGGCCGAGCUGCACGCCCGCGUGCGGAAGACGCUCGACCUGCUCAAGUCGGUCGACCCGGCCAAGAUCAAUGGCCUGGAGGCGAAUGUCAUCAAGGUCCCGAUUGGAAAGGGGAAUCUCACGGACAUGUCCACCAAGGACUACGUCUUCAAUAUGAACAUGCCACAGUUCUACUUCCAUAUACAGACGGCGUACUGUAUCUUGAGAAUGAAGGGUGUGCCGCUCGGCAAGGCCAAUUUCCUGACCGAGUUCCUAUACCCUACUGAGUAA